AUGCUGCGUAAUUGUUGACAUGACCGAGCGGCACUUUUCGAUUUGAGAAGCGUGCUCCUCCCUCAAUAUUUUUGCCCGUUCCUGUCACGUGCCCAACACCGCAGCAUAAUCGAAUCCGCCCAUUGAGUCGUGACGAUCUAACCAGUGUGGUGGGUGGACAAAUUUGCCCGCCCCCCUCAAGAACAUUGAAGAAAAAUAGCCAUACUAGCUAGAUUUUCUUAUGUUAUUUCCUCUGGGAUACAUUUAAUGUGCGGGCAAAAUUUGCGACUCUACAAGCUGGUCAACGAAGAAAAAUAACGCAUCUCAACUGACUUCGUCUGCUGGACAAUGUUGGCUAGCUAGCUUAGCUGUACACGAAAUACCAAGCCGUGUGGAUGUUCUCUGGCCCUCACUGUAUUUCUUGAUCUUUAAACUGGAUACAACAUUUAGAUAUACGUCUACUUGCACGUGGUUCUGUCGGAAAAUGACAUGCAGAACUAAGGCUAAUCAAAAAAUAUUGCUUGAUGAAAUUGAAAAGGACGUCGGACAGCGUAGACUGAACACUCCUAGCUGGGGCGUAUUCAUUACGCCGAUUCUUUUGCAAAACGUUUCUCAGACGGAAGCGAACGGGGCGGAAUCUACAUUAAUUUGUCCAAUAGAAACUCUCGUUUUAGUUGCGAAAUGUUUUGCAACUGUUUGCUAAAUGAUUACACCCCUGGGGUGUAUUCAUUACGGAAACUGUUUACCGUUUAAGAACCAAACUAAACGGGCCGGGACCUACCUGAAUGUGUCCGGUAGAAACUUUCGUUUGCGUUUUCCGUUUGGAGUAAACGGGUUUUGUUGCAAACGUUUUGCAACAGAUUUUGCGUAAUGAUUACACCCAUGAUAUCUGGUUGAUGAACUGUACGGUAGCUAGCUACCCAGCCAAUUUAGGAAGGUAGCUAUAUAUCCGUCGCUAACAAACUUUCAAUUGAGAAGAGGGGAAAGCAGAACAUGGCAAUUUUAACAAAAACGUUUUUCAGUAGCUAGCUGGCUGAUUUCUGCCUCCCAUUUGGCUAAUUUAGCAAGAAGUAGUUAGCUAGUCACCUAGUAUCGAGUGCCACAAAGGCUUCUGCUCAACACCUGCCACAUACUUUUAUCUAGACGCUCGUGUCUUCUUAAUCAACGGUGUAUCAGUGAACAAAGCUGCAGAAAUGGAUUUACAUACGGCCGUGUUCAAUGCAGCCAGAGACGGCAAGCUACGGUUGCUUAAGAAGCUUUUGGAGAACAAAACUGGCCUAGAGGUUACCAAAUUAAUGGCAGAGAAAACAAACGGGGCGACCCCUUUGCUUAUGGCUGCAAGAUACGGACACCUGGAUUUAGUGGAGUAUCUUUUGGAGUGUUGCUGCGCACCCGUUGAGGUUGGGGGGUCAGUGAAUUUUGAUGGAGAGACUAUCGAGGGUGCCCCCCCUCUAUGGGCUGCCUCAGCAGCAGGACACCUGAAAGUAGUGCAAUCUUUACUUGGCCACGGUGCCUCUGUGAACGAUACAACACUCACCAAUUCCACCCCCCUGAGAGCAGCCUGCUUCGAUGGACAUCUGGACAUUGUAAAAUACCUGGUAGAGCACAAGGCAGACCUGGAGGUGGCAAACAGACAUGGUCACACAUGCCUCAUGAUCUCGUGUUACAAAGGACACAAGGAAAUUGCCCAGUAUCUUUUGGAGAAAGAUGCUGACGUUAACAGGAAAAGUGUUAAAGGUAACACAGCAUUACAUGACUGUGCUGAAUCCGGCAGCUUGGAGAUAAUGAAGAUGCUGCUAAAAUAUGGUGCCACCAUGGAGCGGGAUGGUUAUGGAAUGACCCCACUGCUGUCUGCUAGUGUGACUGGCCACACUAACAUUGUUGACUAUCUGACACAACACCAGCAAACAAACCAAAUGGAGAGGAUAAAUGCCCUCGAACUGCUUGGUGCCACUUUUGUGGACAAAAAGAGGGAUCUUCUUGGGGCAUUAAAGUACUGGAAGAGGGCCAUGGACCUGAGAUACAGUGACAGCAAAAAUGUUCUCAACAAAGCAAAGCCAAAGCAGUUGAUCAUGGCCUAUGACUAUGCCAGGGAGGUAAGUAAUGGGGAGGAGCUAGACAGUCUAAUCUCAGACCCAGAUGAGAUGAGGAUGCAGGCCCUGCUCAUUAGAGAGCGCAUCCUGGGCCCCUCCCACCCCGACACCUCUUACUACAUCCGCUACCGGGGCGCUGUAUACGCCGACUCUGGGAAUUUUGAGCGCUGCAUUAACCUUUGGAAGUACGCUCUGGACAUGCAGCAGAGCAACUUGGACCCCCUCAGCCCCAUGACAGCCAGCAGCCUGCUGUCCUUCGCCGAGCUAUUCUCCUUCAUGCUCCAGGACCGCGCUAAAGGCCUUCUGGGCACCUCGGUCUCCUUCGACGACCUCAUGGGCGUCCUCAGUAAGAGCGUGCUGGAGAUUGAACGAGCGGUGAAACAAACCCAGCCUGACCCGGCUCAUCUCAGCAAGGCCCUCUCCAUCAUCCUGCAUCUCAUCUGCCUGCUGGAGAAGGUCCCUUGUACUGUGGAGCAGGACCACUUCAAGAAGGAGACCAUCUACAGGUUCCUCAAGCUGCAGCCCUGCGGUAAGAACGGCUAUAGCCCGCUCCACCUGGCCGUGGACAGGAACACCACCUGCGUGGGCCGCUACCCUGUCUGUAAGUUCCCCUCUUUCCAGGUCACCUCUAUCCUACUGGAGUGUGGGGCGGACGUUAACUGCCGCGACGAGGACAACAACAGCCCCCUGCAUGUGGCCGCCUCCAACAACCACCCGGACAUCAUGAACCUGCUGAUCGCCUGCGGCACGCACUUUGACAGCACCAACUCCCUGAAGCAGACGGCCUGCGACCUGCUGGACGAGAAGGAGAUGGCCAAGAACAUGAUCCAGCCCAUCAACCACACCACCCUGCAGUGUCUGGCUGCACGGGCUAUCAUCAAGCACAGCCUCUGCUACAGAGGCAACAUCCCAGAGAAGCUGGAGGCCUUUGUGCUUCUCCACAGAUAAUGACUAUUAAAGACGUGUGUGCUACCAUCCUCCUCGCCCCAUGUGCACUCUUUUUGAUUAUAUUGAAGUCCAUGAUGAACAUUGCGUGAACUUACUUUUUUCCCCCUUGCAAAGCCAGAAUGAAAGAGUGACUGCCCCUAAAAGCAACUUCUUGUUUUGAAAACAGCUUAUGUGGCAUCAAUAUGAGUCAAACAUUUAUUGUAGUGUCAAAAUUGUCUACAAAGUGUAAAUAGGAUAAUUUUGGUCGUAGUCAGUCUCUUCCAAAACGGAGAUUUGCGAAAUGAUAGGAAAAAAUGAUAUGUCACAGAAUGAGGAGUACCCUAACAUUUUGUAUGGGUUGGGUUUAUUUAAAUCCUGCCCACAGCUGGCAGCACCCAAGUAAUCAUGAAUUCGGAGCAGAGCUGAACGCGACCCCAUAGUAAUUCCCAUGGCCAAUUUGGUUUGACAUGAGAUAUUUCUAUGGGGCUAGUUCGGGACUAUCAGUAAAUGACACAAUGUACACGGGACAUUAUUUUUUAAAUGUCAAUGGCUGAAAAAAAGAGGCCAAAUCAGGAAGUGCAGCCUCCUUUAAAGCUCUGUGGCAAAUCAAUGGGAAUUUUUGUAAUAUGGGCAUGCACAAUAUGUUUUGGUAGUUUUUUGCUUACUAAAUUCUACAUAUUCCAUGCUAUUUAUUAAGAUAUCAUUGAGAGAUUUCUCUAUGCCUCCUCUUUGUUUCUUUCUGUCUAUGCAAAGAUGGAGGAAUGUUGGGACUUGUUUUUCCAUUACUAUGUUGCCAAUAUAUGGACUCUCUUAACUUUAAUCGUAAAUUCUUUAUGCCCUCAUUCAAUGGUUAUGUUGUCAUGGUUUUGUAUCGGCGGAGUUGAGUGUAAUGGAAUGAAUUCAUUUCUCUAUCAAAACCAUGACGCUUUAUGAAGUGGUAAUGUUUGCAAAUACCAUAAGUGCUUUAUUCCUCCUAUGCACAGGCUAUGAUAUGCGACUGUUCUGUGUUAGCACUUGUCUGUGCAAUAUCUUGCAUUAUAUGUGGUGACUGCCUGUUCCUUUGUUUCCAUAAUUUGUUACACUAAGCAAAGAGGGAUGUGACAAUUGCUGAAUGGUGUUCGAUUGGUAGGGUUAGGUGAUUUUAUGUGCUAACUGUAAAAGGUAAUUGAGUGCAGAAGGUUUUGAGUAGGAGUGUAUGCAACCCUUAUGCUUCAUGUCAUUGAUCUUUGAACCUGAUUUGUUCUAUGGUGAGCUGAGCACUAAAACAGUAGACAUAGGUUAGUUGGAUACUAAUAUGGCCGUGCAUGUAGUUUGAGUUUACAGGAAAUUCAUUGACAUCUGAGCUUUGUACGGCAUAUCAAUUAUCGCAUAAACUCUUCAGAACUCUGACUAACCCAAACGUGAAACCUUUAUAUUUGUCCAAUUGUAUUAUAAUUGAAAAGAGAGGAGGCCUUGUACAGUGGGGCUGAGCUUUGUGAAAUAACCUUGCACAUUAGCUUUAUUCAUGUGGUUAAAGGGCUUUUCAUAUUUUUAGAAAUACAUUUAGCUAAGGACCGAACCAUACAAAUGUACAGUUCCACCAGGGAACUUGCUUUAAUUCUGCACUUUAAGACUUCAUAUGACAAAAUGACAUCAAGUUAAUGUUUUAAGAACUGAUUUGACAAUAAACCCGUAUUGCACUUGU